AUGGACGAUGCAUCAGUUGAACUCAAAGACAUUGAGAUCCAUGUCCUUGAAGAACACUACAAGAAAAUGAAAAUUGAAUACAAAUCAAAACAAGCAAAACUUAUAUCAAAGAUCAAUCAAGGUCAAGGUCUUACCAAUCAUCCAAUGAGGAAGAAGCGUGGCUUGAUGGCAAUGCUCGAUUCGGAAGAAAUACGAACAAUGAGGAAGAUUUGUGAAUUUGAACCGCCAGCUGAGCCAAAAAGUAGCAAGCAAGAUGGAAAGAAGAACUCGUCGAUUGAGAGCAAUAAAAAAGACGCGAAAAAAAAAACAGUCAAACAAGAGCGGCAAACACGAUGGAAAAAGACUAGCCAAUGA